CAGAAACAGAGAGAAACAGAGAGAUCAGAUGGCUUCCGACAAGCCGAGGCUGGAGGGGAAGGUAGCCAUCAUAACCGGCGGAUCCAGCGGCAUCGGCGAAGCAACCGCCCGCCUCUUCGCCUCCAACGGUGCCGCAGUCCUCAUCGCCGACAUAAACGAUUCCCUAGGCCAGCUCGUCGCCGGCUCCAUCCCACCCCCCGGUCGCUGCACCUUCGUCCACUGCGACGUCCGCGAUGAACUCCACCUCGCCGCCGCCGUCGACCUCGCCGUCGCCACCUACGGCCGCCUCGACAUCUUCUUCAGCAACGCCGGUGUGGCCGGCAAAAACAGCGCCAUCCUCGAACUCGUGUUGAAGGCGGAGGACGUGGCGGCGGCGGUGUUAUUCUUGGCUUCCGACGACUCGGGUUUUAUAAGCGGGCAUAACCUCGUCGUCGACGGCGGUACGACGGCGGUGAACUCCACGGUACCUAAAUUGAUCGAAGAGUUGUUCGAGUGACGGUUCCGAACGGGAGAUUUCAUUUAGAAUGGAGAAGUUCUAAAUUGGAUAUUUCAAUUUGGGAGAAAUAAUUUUUAGCCACUAAUUAUGUGCCACGUGUCAUGUUGUCUUCAAUAUUUGUGGUUAUUGUAAUGAAAUUUGAGCUCGUAUGUGUUUAUUAAUUGUUAUUAUUGUUUGA